UGGACCCCUGGCGAGGCCGGGCGCGGAGGGGUUAACUCCGGCGCCAGCCUCCUGGCGAGGGGAGCAGCGCGGCGGGCUCCGCGGCGGAGCGCUGGGAAGGAGGGAGCCAGAGGGGGCCCCGCGCCACGUGGGAGAGGCGCAGCUCAGGCAAACUCCGGGUCCCUCUGGCCCGUGGGGAGGGAGCGGGAUCGGGAUCGCAGCGCCCCGGAGCGAGGCGCAGGCCCACUGUCUGAUGGGGAGAUGCCAGAGAGCUGGAAUGCCUCCUCCAACAGCCUGGAGGUGCGUGCUGCGGGCAUCAUCGUGCCGGUGGUCUUCUCCCUCAUCUUCCUCCUGGGCACAGUGGGGAAUGGGCUGGUGCUGGCCGUGCUGCUGCACAAUGGCCAGGUGAAGUACAACACCACCAACUUGUUCAUCCUCAACCUGGCCAUGGCAGACCUCUGCUUCAUCAUCUGCUGUGUCCCCUUCCAAGCCACCAUCUACACACUGGACGGGUGGCUCUUUGGCCCCUUUGCCUGCAAGGCUGUGCACUUCCUCAUCUACCUCACCAUGUACGCCAGCAGCUUCACCCUGGCAGCCGUCUCUGUUGACAGGUACCUGGCCAUUCGCUACCCACUGAAAUCCCGGGAUCUCCGGACCUCCUGGAAUGCAGCGGUUGCCAUCAUAGUGAUCUGGACCCUGUCACUGCUCUUUGCAGGGCCCUACCUCAGCUACUACCAGAUUGUCCACUACCACGGGGUGCCCAUCUGUGUCCCCAUCUGGGAGGACCAACGCCGGAAGAUCCUGGACAUCCUCACCUUUGUGUUUGGGUACCUCCUGCCCGUGGUUGUCAUGAGCUUGGCUUAUGCCAGGACCAUCAAGUUCCUGUGGACCUCCGUAGACCCCAUCGAGAGAAUCUCAGAGUCCCGUAAGGCCAAGUGCAAGGUCACCAAGAUGAUUGUGGCUGUGGCCAUAAUCUUCUGUCUCUGCUGGCUGCCCCACCACCUGGUCAUCCUAUGCUUUUGGUUUGGCUACUUCCCCUUCAACCGAGCCACCUAUGCCUGCCGCCUGGCCUCCCACUGCCUGUCGUAUGCCAACUCCUGCCUCAACCCCAUCGUCUAUGCCCUCAUCUCCAAGCAUUUCCGCAAGAAGUUCAAGCAAGUCUUCACUUGCCUCCUCUUUCAGAACAAGAGCAGGAAGAAGAAGAGAGCUGGCAAUAAAGUCCACGUAACCAAUGUGGCCAACAAUGCUGCAGGUGUGUAUGGAGGUAACACCGAGGUCACCCAGAUCCAGGAGGAAAAUGCCAAGUGCUGCCAGGGCCCGCUGCGGAAAGGCGCUGAAGACACCCAUCUCCCUGAGGCAUGGACUCAUCAGCUACAGGAUGCCACUGUCUCUGCUCAGAGAGGACUGCUGGCUGAAGAAAGUUCUGUAACAACUGGCAACCCACUGGCUGUGACCUCACCAGGGAGACCUCAGGGCCUGCUGACAGUCCACUGA